AUGACGUCACUACCGAUAACUCCAAACGUCAUCCUAUCAGUAUCCAGCAUAAGUUUACUUUUGAUCAUUCUUCUUUCCAUAAUUCACUGUGAGAAAGACUUACCUGACUGGAAAAAGUCUGAAGUUUAUGACAAGGAAAGAUUGGCUAAGCAUGACGGCUCCAAUCCAAAUCUACCAAUUCUCAUGGCAAUAAAGGGAGUAGUGUUUGAUGUCUCUUCUGGAAGAGGAUUUUAUGGGAAAGACGGUCCGUACAACGCGUUGGUUGGUAAGGAUAGCAGUAGAGCUGUUGCUAUGAUGUCUCUGGAUCCAAAGGAUCUCAACGAUAAUCUGGAAGGCCUAUCAGACGAAUACUUGAAAUCAUUGGACAACACGUUCACAGACACCUAUCUAGCUAAAUAUCCAAUUGUUGGUUACACUCUAGACUUCGUUAAAGCACAAAAAACUGAGCUUUAA